AUGUUGAGCAAGAAACAGACGUCUGUCCUGUCGGUCCGCUGUUGCCACCCGUUGACUUGUCUGCGAGUAUCACCGAGGGCCCCGCAGCCGUUGAUCGGAACCCACGUCACCACCGGUACAGCAACCACCAGCACGGCGACGGCAUCCUCACAAUGCUGCCGUCGUCGGUGGUACGCGACGGCGCAUCACGGGAGCGACAAUUCCAAAGACCGUCACCGCCACAGCCAUAGCCACAGCCACAAUCACCAUCAGCGCCCUCAUAAUCACCACCAUCGGGACACGGCUCCCCCUCCUGCCUGGCCCAAGACGUCCAACCCUUCACCCUACGAAAUAUUUGCCAUCGGCCGGUCCGAACCGUACCCGAAGCGACGCUUCUACCAGCUCGUCAAACUAUACCACCCGGACCUGUCGCACGCCCCCGUGGCCGCCCUGGUGCCUCCGGACGUCCGCAUCGAGCGCUACCGCCUCGUCGUCGCGGCCAACAUCCUGCUCAGCGACCCGGUCAAACGCCGCGCCUACGACGUCUCCGGCGCCGGCUGGGGCGCAGGUGAGGGUGGGACGAGACAGUCGGCAGAGGAGGCCCGCGCCGCUGACCGUUCCUGGAGGCAGAGCCCCGGGAAUGCAUCCCGCAACGCUACCUGGGAGGACUGGGAGCAGUGGUACGAGGCCCGCGGAGAGGGCCGGGCUGGGCGUGCCCGCCAGGAGACGCAGUAUAUGCCCAACGGCGUGUUUGCCAUGCUGCUCGCCAUGUCGUGUCUGAUCGGCGCCAUGCUGCAGAGCCAGCGUGCCGGUGCCAGCGGCUCCCACUACCUCGAGGUGAGGGACCAGAAUGACCAGGCUGUCGGGCAGGAGAUGCGUCGCAGCUCGAUGGCCCUGGCGGGGCUGUCAAAAGAUGAGAGGGUCGAUCGGUUCCUGCGCGACCGUGAAAAUGUCGCUUUCCACUUCCACACAAGCAAGUACGAAGAAGACUCGUUACCGCCGCCGCCGUCCUCGCCGCCGGCCAAGAUUGACAAUGUGGGGGAGUGA